CCAGUGCGCGCACCUGUGGCCGCCUCCCAGCCCUCUCUGCCGGACGAGCUCUGGGCCGCCACAAGACUAAGGAAUGGCCACCCCGCCCAAGAGAAGCUGCCCGUUUCUCUCAGCCAGCUCUGAGGGGACCCGCAUCAAGAAAAUCUCCAUCGAAGGGAACAUCGCUGCAGGGAAGUCAACAUUUGUGAACAUCCUUAAACAAUUGUGUGAAGAUUAGGAAGUGGUUCCUGAACCUGUUGCCAGAUGGUGCAAUGUUCAAAGUACUCAAGAUGAAUUUGAGGAACUUACAACGUCUCAGAAAAAUGGUGGGAAUGUUCUUCAGACGAUAUAUGAGAAACCUGAACGAUGGUCUUUAACCUUCCAAACAUAUGCCUGUCUCAGUCGAAUAAGAGCUCAGCUUGCCUCUCUGAAUGGCAAGCUCAAGGAUGCAGAGAAACCUGUAUUAUUUUUUGAACGAUCUGUGUAUAGCGACAGGUAUAUUUUUGUAUCUAAUUUGUAUGACUCUGAAUGCAUGAAUGAGACAGAGUGGACAAUUUAUGAAGACUGGCAUGACUGGAAGAAUAACCAAUUUGGCCAGAGCCUUGAAUUGGAUGGAAUCAUUUAUCUUCGAGCCACUCCAGAGAAAUGCUUACAUAGAAUAUAUUUACGGGGAAGAAAUGAAGAGCAAGGCAUUCCUCUUGAAUAUUUAGAGAAGCUUCAUUAUAAACCUGAAAGCUGGCUCCUGCGUAGGACACUGAAAACCAACUUCGAUUAUCUUCAAGAGGUGCCUAUCUUAACACUGAAUGUUAAUGAAGACUUUAAAGACAAAUAUGAAAGCCUGGUUGAAAAGGUCAAAGAGUUUUUGAGUACUUUGUGAUCUUGCUGAAGACUACAGGCAGCCAAAUGGUUCCAGAUACUUCAGCUUUGUGUAUCUUCGUAAC